GUGUUUAAUAAACAUCAUAGCAACGUCUUGUUUGUUAAACAAACAAUUUGUUUAUUUCAUGUCUUAAAAUAAUUUGCGAAUAAAAUUUCAAUGGAAUUAUCUGUCAAUCCAACAGCAUUUCAAAUAAAACCAGAUCUCGAUAACAUCAUUCAUACCGAAAAUGUGAAAAAAGUUAUCCAAAAAGUGUUGUCUGAAACUCUCUCUGAUAAAACUUAUUCAACUGGAAAAGCAAAGUUAUGGACAAAAUUUAUUGCUGAUGAAAUAAAUAAAAGCUUGAAAGAUUCUCUUCGUUAUAAACAUGUAGUACAAGUUGUAAUUACACAAAAGUUGGGACAAGGAUUUAAAUUCACAGCUCGAUGUAGAUGGGAUAGUGAAUGCGACCGUCACACUACCGAUUCAUUUACGAAUGAUACUUUGACAUGUAUUGUAACUGUUUUCAGUGUUUAUCUUUAUUAAAAGUGAAAAAUCGCAUGAAUAAAGUAUUAAGAAAAUGUAACGAACUUUUAAAUUUGAAA